CUAAUUGAAUACACGUAAAUGUAAGAGGACCCAGUGUGCUUUUAAAUGUUGUUUAAAAUGGUUGUCGGUUUCCAUUUAUCUGGUUCAGUUGACAACAGAGCACUUGAACUGCCCAAAUGGGAGAAUACUGUACAUAUUCAGUCAUAUUUUGCAAGCAUGUUGUUUCUAUGAUGCAGAACUGUAAUGGAAGGAAAACCUAACACACACACACACUGACUGAAAUCGCUUGUUCCAAGAGGGGUUGCGAUGAACCGGAGCCCAACACGGGGCAUAAGGCUGGAAGGGGACACACCCAGUUGAGCUCAUUUACACUUACGUAUUUGGAAGUAAUGACUUCUGGAGGACUGAAUUGCCUUGUGUCUGGAUCCUGUUUCCUUACCUCUGCCUGUAGGAAAAGGCUCUGGAGGGCCCAGUUCCUGCAUAGAAAUGACGGAGUGCAGAAACGGGACGCGGAGGAUCACAAUGGCAGGCGGCAUUCAGACCACAGGUGUCCUAGUUCACAGGAACACCCCGUACAGUACAAUCCUUCAGCAUAUCCAUGCCCAUGGUCACAGUCUGACUUGCCUCUAUUGGCAGGCUGUGAGACAGAUGAAGAUCUAACACCAUCCACUCUCACAACCCACUUUCGUCAGAAAAGUAACCCAUAUACUGUCAGUUCCUCACGCCAUCUCUCAAGCUCCAAGAAUAUCUUAUUGGACCUGGCCUUCAACCAAAGUGAUCCGGGAAAGAAAACUGCAGGUCCCACUAACAAAAAUGAGGAACUGACUCCUGAUAUCAGCAUUGAACCCCGUGCUUUCCAGAAAUGCCGUCAGGAAUAUCGUACCAUGAGCUAUGACCGGUCCCUGAAACCACCACCUAUCACAAUAGAUGAAGCUUUCUUACUGCUCCAGAAGGUGAAAGUAUUAAAGAGCAGUCUUAACCCUGCAGACAUUGUUCACAUCUUGAGUAAGUUGGGCCACCUUAGACCUGACCAGCAGCCUUUGGUGCAGGUUGACACACGGUUCAUCAUGCUGCUACGGUACAGUGUAGAGAAUUUGCAUAAUUUUACACAUACACAGCUUUUAGAGAUUCUGCGGGCUUUUGUGCUGCUGGGCAUGCCCAAUACACACAGCAUACUGGGGUUGUAUGAGGGAGAGCUGAGCUGUCGUACAGAGGAGAUGGAUCUGAAGCAGUUAUUGCUCAUUGCAGACUUAUGGAGGUGUUUAGGUAGACAGGUGCCACAUUACCUGGAACAGCUUUAUAAGCGUGUUUAUUGCAAUUUGGAAGAACUUGGAGUUCCAGAGCUAGUGCAGUUGCUCUAUGUAGUAGGGGAGAGCCGGCAAUGCCCAUUGACUUUAUUCCCAAGUCUGGAGCAAGUCCUACUCCGACAUUUGAACCAGCUUUUGCCAGAGGAGAUGGGUGCUGUCAGUCUAGGUCUCUUCAAAUCUCAAAGCAGCCUGUCGGAGAGAAGUGCCCGCAUGCUGGCUGAUCGCGCUUAUGAGAUGGUGGAUAAGUUGAGCAAUUUUGCCUUGGUCAAUGUUCUUAAACUCUUGCGGUUCAACCACAUAGACCACCGCGGACUUCUUUCAGCCUUGAGGAAAGAGAUUCCAUGCCGUGCUCCCCAGAUGGGAGUCCAAGGUCUUAUGCAUGUGGCCUUGGCCUGUUCUUCCUUACACUACAAAGAUGACCAUAUACUGUCUGCUGUGGCUGAAUGCCUGCCACCUCUUUUACCUCACUGCCGAAGCAAGGAUGCUGGAAAGCUGCUUUGGUCUUUUGGUAUGCUUGGGUUUAACCCCAGUAAAGUUCCCAAGCUGUACCCCUGCCUCACCCAUGCCUUGCGUCUCCGGGAAGCUGAGUUCCAGCGUUUUCCUGAGCAUCUGCUGACAGGAUUACUGGGCUUGGCCUUUGUAGGCCUGUACCCUUGUGAUCUACUAAACCUAGCCCUUAGCCCAGACUUUGUGACUGUAGCCACAAGGUUGCAGCACUUGGAUCUGAAGAAGGACUUGUUUACCCUGGAUGCAUCAGUGGGCUUGGAAAUUCCCAACUGGACAGGCCCGCGGAUUAGUCCAAGCCUGGGAGACGAGGUGCGCCAGCAGCUUUGGAGGUUUGCACAGAGGGAUGCCUGUGUGAAGAUGGAAGUUCUGGAGGCUGAGGGGUUGCUACAGGAGCUGCUUGGUGGAGAAUCCUUUGUGCAUAAGCACAUGAUAUUGCCACAUACACGUUCAGUCGACCUGGAGGUGUGGCUGGACCAUACAGGGGUCCCUGUGCCUCUUGUUUCUGAAUCCAAAGACAGUGCCGCUAACCAAGGCAAAACUUCAUCAUCUCACCCCUGUACAUUGAAGGGAAAUCAUGUUGGGGUUGUCAUUACAGAGGAUUUGCUAGCUCAGUUGACCAACAUUAAAGGAUGUUCAAGUCAGCUAUCACAUGGAAACCUUGACUCUAAGAAUUGCACGGUGCAACUUAAGGAAGAGGAUGAUGAUAGGAUAUUUAGAGGUGGAGUGACACUGACCAGUGGUCUUGUGAAUGCCCUGACAAGACCCAUCUUGCAGUCACUCUCAAGCCAAGAGUCCACCUGUGGAUUGACCCAACGCCUAGCUCUUCAGGUGCCAACUAGAAACCAUUUCUGUUAUCAGUCUCAACAGCUGCUAGGGUUACAAGUGUUGAAAAGGAGACAGCUGGCGAUAGCUGGCUACAGGGUUGUAGAUCUGCCACCAUGGGAGUGGUUCCCUAUGUUGCAUCGCUCACGGGCUGAGAAGCUGGCCUACCUGCGCUCUAAAGUCUUUGGGAGUCGAGGCUGAGUAGUCAACCUGCUGUCAGUUUGAUGUCAAGCCAUGCAGUAGAGCUGCUUGAAUUAACUGAAUGUGUAUGGAAACAGAUCUGUAUGUAACUUCUGGCCUCAAUUUUGUUCAACAUUAUAUUGUUGAAAGCAGGUUACCA